UCAAUUUACUUGUAAUAAAGAUAAGAGACAGCCACGCGGGCCGUGUCGGUCUGCCGUUGUGUGGAGCAACAUUAUACAACCUGGGCUAUAGGAGGGGGAACAGGAGAUCGGUGUAGCAGACCGCAUACCCAUCACCGUAACACGAUUGAUACAGACGCUGCUUCUCACCAGUGCCAAUUUACUCACGGACAACACACAAGUAGCAACAGAGUGACCCCACAAUUUCGAUAAAGUCUUUAAACAAUAUGAGAGAUUUUUAACUUCGUGUGUCUGCUGGUUCAAACCGAGAAGAUACAGUAUGGAACCCUCUCAGGGUUUAAGGAAUAUGACUAAAUCUAAGGAACUAUGGCGACAGAUCCGACUGGAAAUGAAGCAGGUGAUUCAGAGUUAUUCCACCUUUCUCCUGAUCCCCGUGGUCAUCUCUGCCAUCCUCUUGAUUGUCUUUUUCUGGAGGCGUUACCUGCGCUGGACCGUCCCGUGUCAAAGCUCGCGCCUGCUCAACGGUAAAACCGUCAUCAUUACAGGAGCAUCUGGGGGACUAGGCAAGUCUACAGCGUACGACCUUGCCAAGAGGGGCGCCAAGGUCAUCCUUGCCUGUCGGAACAUGAAGAAGGCAGAAGCAGUAGCCAGGGCAAUACGCAUGAAGACACAUAACGAUAACGUGUACGCAUACUACAUUGAUCUUGGAUCUUUGCGCACCGUGAAGGACUUUGUACAGGAUUUUCAGAAGAAUGAACCAAAACUGGACGUUCUAAUUAAUAACGCGGCUUACUUGGGGCCUCGGGCCACGACAGAGGACGGGUACGAAAGGAGUUUCGGGGUAAACUAUUUGGGCCAUUUCUACCUUACCUACCUGCUGAAGGACAGACUAAAGAAAUGCGCCCCAAGUCGUAUCGUCAAUGUAUGUUCGGACUCCUAUGCAAAGGGCAAGCUCGAGUUCGAAGACCUGGCGAUGAAGAACUACGACAUUUAUGGCGCAUACGCGCGCAGUAAACUGGCAAUAGCACGGUUCACAGUGGAGGCGCAUAGGUGCUGGUUUCCUGACGUUGUGCUCGCCUACGCUGUGCACCCAGGCUGUGUCCACACGGAACUACUGAGGAACUGGCCUGGAGUUUUCGGAGAGGUGUUGCGGGCAGCUGCGAGGUUUCUGUUCAAGACCCCAGAGGAAGGAUGUCAGACAAUUGUCUAUUGCGCAGUGGCGGAAGGCAUUAGAGACCAAUCCGGAAAAAUGUUUGAGAACUGUAAACCACUGAAAACGAAAGAUUUUGUAAAAGAUAAAGCUAAAGGUCGACAACUGUGGAAUAAAAGCUUACGCUUAUGUGACUUAGACGAGGAACCUGAUGUCUCUGACGACGAGCCUACACCGGAAGUAAACAAUGUCAAGGUCACUGGUGAACAGGACGAGACAGGUGCACAACACCUUGCAAAUCCGGAAGGAAAGAAAGAGAAAUAGAUAAAUGAAUUUAGUUAUAUGCGUGUGAAUGAGUGAGCAGCUGUUAGACUAAAUGCGCAUGCUCGUUGUUACUGCUAUUUAUCAUUUCAAUGUUAGGUAGAGAUAAGAUUGUGUGUGAGUGUUAUAUAGCUGUCACUUAUACAUUUGUAAGGUAGGUGCAGGAUUUCGCUGAUUGUUGGCUCCAUUAUGUUACAAGCAGUGUUUCUUAUCUACUGAAAGGAUGUUAUUACGUUGAAUGUUGCAUUAUGUAUGCCAUUCAAAGUCACACAAAUGAUUACUUUAACCUAUUUACUUAUCAACGUUAUGUUGUUUUGCGUAUUGCAGAGUUAUCUUCUCUUGGGAACAGGUAUUGAUUGUUACGUCAUUGGUUUGUGCGA